AUGCAAUGCUAAUUUGAAUAGAAAUUUAAAUUAAAAAUAUCGAUGGAAAACUUCCCUCAACUAUAUUCUAAAGAGAGAUUGCACUCAUUCAUUACAAAAUACAAGGAUUUGAUCCAAUUGGAUCCCCACAAAGAAUUACAUUGCGGAAUUAUUCACUUGGAUGAAUUACAUAUAGCAGCCUAACUUCUCCAUUAAGGCGAAUUGGUAGCAUUUCCAACCGAAACCGUGUAUGGAUUAGGGGCGAAUGCUAAAAAUGCCUAGGCUAUAUUGAACAUCUUCAAAGCCAAAAAAAGACCAUUGAGUGAUCCACUCAUUGUACAUGUGCACGAUAAGAACAACAUCUAUACAGAUAAGCCAGAUUUCUUGGAUUCCUUUGCGGAACUAUUCUGGCCAGGACCCUUCACAAUAGUUUUGAAAUCAACUCAAUUAGAGACAACUGAAAUUUUAUCAGCAGGCACUGGAUCAAUAGGAAUAAGGAUUCCAAAUCAUAAAGUGGCCCUGGAAUUGCUAGAGAAGGCAAAUCUUCCUGUUGCUGCCCCUUCUGCAAAUCUCUUUACUCACAUAUCACCUACAAGUGCUGCUCAUGUCUUCAACGAUUUCUAUGAUCAAAGAGUCCACAUCAUUGACGCUGGUCGAAGUGACAAUGGCAUUGAGAGUACAGUGAUUAAGCCCUUGGGAAAUGAGUUGCAUAUAUUGAGAUUAGGCAGUUUGGCAAAGGAAACCAUAAUGAAGAAGAUUGGUUAGAGUGAUAAAUUGAAGCACUUUGCAAUUAAAUAUGAAAACAAAUACAUGCAGAUAGAAGAAACAGAGGAGGAUAUUGAGAAGGAGUUGGAAGAAUUGAAUGUUUUGGAACGUAAGAAUUCAAUGGAAGCACCUGGUUAAUUUUUGAAGCAUUAUUCUGCCAGAAUCAAUUCAUUUAUUGUUACUUUCUAAUCGAAUACUAUAGGACAAUAGAUUGAUUUGGAUUUAAAAGAAUCAGUGAUCAUUGAUUUUGGCUCAGAGUUGAAAAAUAGAAUUGCUGAUUUGGAUGAAAUCAAGUAUAAGAGUUUAUCAGAGAAUUAUGAUGCCAAGGAGGCCAUGUUCAAUUUGUAUGAUUCUUUGAGAUGGGCUGAAUUGCAACAAGGAGCCAAAUAGAUUUUGUUGUAUGAUUUUGAUACUCAAAUUAAUCAGAAGGUUUAAAACGAUGAAAAUGUCCUUUCAAUUCAAGAUAAAAUAUUUCGCUCAGCUUCAGGAUAAAAGACAUACUAUAAUAAUAAUAAAUUUUAUUUGUGCUAGUGA